AGAAGGCUGAGAAUGUCAGUAAUUCUGACGGCGUGUAGGAAUUCCUCCAGGAAAGCCUUAGAGCGAGCCAGAAAGAGGAAGGCGGAAAAACGGCGCCGUUUGAAGGAGGCAGAAGUGGCGGCUUUAGCGGACAGUAUCGGGCCCCUUCCCCCUCAGACGGCCACUACACGGGUCUGGACAUUCAUGCUGGAAGAUCAGCCCUACGGGGUCGUCUUUAAUAUAGAUUCUAUGAAUGUAACGUUGAAUGGGAUUCGGAUCGAAUGCAGGGCGGAUUUCACCGACGACGGAAGCGUCACCGACUUUGUGGUUGGCGAUCACAAGGCAAGGAUUACGACAACCUCAAGUGGGUCUCGUCGCGACGGGAUGAUACAUUGCCUGUCUGUGGACGGAUAUCCCAUACCCGAGUGACCACCGUUGAACUCUCAUUGGCUGGUGUGAAAAAUAGGAUCAAAAAGUGAUGUGGUUAAAGACUUUAGCAGAACGUUAUAAUUGAACUUAGGUGUUUUGGU